UUAGUUGAUGCGUAUUCUGACAGCUUAUUCGCAGUCAAUAUUGUGAAUUUUAGAAUACAACAGCUGGUUAGAAAGUGCCGAUAUAUUUUCCACUAUUUCACCUAUAAGCAAACUGCUAAUCACAAGGAAACUCACGCUAUCUUAUAGGAAAACUCCACACAAUUCGACCGCAAGAGUCGCGAAUAAACAAUGACAGACGAUGACUGUCAACGUCAGGCAGGUUCUGACUCGGCCGCAGUUCAGCACGGUGGCGCUGAUGGUAGCGCUAAUACCCCGGAAGUGGGCGGUUUAAGCAAUGAUCCACCGACCGUUACGAAAGAAGAAAUUUGCAAUUUUCUAAGUCACAACUCACAGGUUUUCUUCAAGAGUCAACAAAUUGACGACCCUGAUUUAACGAGUCAAGAAAAGCAAUCGAUCGCUCUGGAAAUCUACAACGACAACAAACACAAAUUUCUUCUCCGUUUCGGAAAGUAUUUGCAACGAGACCACCUACGAUAUUUUGAACUAAUCACAAGCGCAGACCAAGAUGAGACAGUUUUUCUUAUUCAUGAAUUGCAGCGGUCACUGCAAACACAUGAUCGGGACGUGAAGAAUCGUCGAUAUGCAGCCAUGCAGUCUAUGAUCAAAGCGGACAAUUACUUCAGUGAACGUGAGAUAAUGAAACGAGAACCGCAUUUGUACGAACAAAUGAUUGGCCAGUACUUAACAGACGCUGAAAAGAGAGUUAGGGAUCGCGUGGGGGAAGAUUGCAUCCCUUUUUCAAGUAUCCUCCUUGACAACUACGACAACGAUGAAAUGGAAAAACUACGCAAAAGACAAAAACGGGAGGAAGGCUCUGAAGAUGAUGACGACGAUACAACAAUGUCAGAAAAAUCCGGGGGCUACCACCACGAUAAUAAAUCAAUCGGAAGUGACCAAUUAUUUCCGGAACUUCCUGCUUCCCAGCGGAAGCAAUGGGGUAAUUUCGAGGACGAAGAGAAUGAUUGCCCGAUGCUGAUGCCUGGACCAUCCAAGAAACCAAAUCGGAAACGUGAAGAAAAAUUUAUAACAGCUGCAGAGCGAGAAAUGUUGCGGCAAGAAUUCAUGGGGAUUAUGUAUGAGAACUUCUUAGAAGGUAAAGAUAAGGAUUUUGAUUACUCUGCAGUUGAUAACAAUUCCGAUUUGGACGAUUUGGAGCAAAUUGGACAGGAUAAGGAGGACAAAUAUUUCGAUGAUGAUGAUGACGAGGAUUAUGUGAUGGAAACCAGUCGUUCCCCUGAGUUCAAGGGGGAGAAAAUUGAACGAGAUGAUUCCGAAGAUGAACUUGAUAUUUAUAUGAAGCAUUUAAAUAGGCAUCUAACAGUAGUGAAGCAAUUAGAUGGAUAAGAUGUAA